UUACCUGGCCGAGCAGUGCUGGAAUGGCGGCUUCAUCUACCUGAUCAUGUUGCGCCGCAUCAAGCGCAAGGCCCCUCUUCCUCCCUCCAACGGCAACAACAGCAACAGCUGUGACCCCAAAGCCAAGCCCAGCCCUGAACCUGGCGACAGAGCUGCUCAAAAUGGGAAAAGGACCAGGAAGUUUGGGGUCAUCACCAGAACACCAGGCAGCAAGGACAGCAAAGAAAAGCCAGGUUCUGAGCACGGGAAUGGGCACUGCACCCCGAUGGAGGUGGAGGUUGCUCAGCCGGAGACCUCUGAAGCAGAGAGCAAUGGGGAAGAGCAGCUCCAGAGCAUGGGAACACAGUACCGGUGCCGGCUGUCGGAUGGCGGCAUGCCAGACAUUGGUGACCAGUCUGCUCAGCGAGAAGGUUGCCGCAUAUGGAAGAUGCACAUCGUGAAGGGGACAGACGGACUGGGCAUCCAGAUAACGGGAGGCAGAGGGUCGAAGCGGUCCCCUCACAGCAUCAUCAUCACCCGCGUGGAGGAAGGCGGCUCUGCACACAGGGACGGCAGGCUGAUGGUGGGAGAUGAACUCCUGAUGAUCAACGGGCAGUCGCUGGUGGGGCUCUCCCACCAGGAUGCCGUGGCCCUCCUGCGCUCAGCCGCUGGGCUGGUGCAGCUGGUGGUCGCUAGCAAGGAAUCUGCUGAAGGAGAUUUUUUGAAGUACCCAUCUACCAGUUUGCCAGACCUGCUUAGCACUUGCUCAGUCCAAGACUCAGUCUCUUGCACUGACAACAAGGAAAACGAAGAGCCAGAAGAGGAAGAUGUGAAGGGAGUGAAUGUGUCUCCUGAAACACCGGUCGCUGUAAGUGUGGCUUUGGUGAUGGAAACGGAGAAGUCUCAAGAUCCAGCUUGUGUAGAAGUGUCCAAAGGAAACAACCAGAGUCCAACUCUGGGAAGUGGCAUACUGAAAUACAGAAGUCGAUCCCAAGGUGCUGGAUCCCGCUUGGAGUCCGUGGGAGAAGACGAUGAGCUGACAGUGGAAAACGGUGAAUCAAGUUACGAAAUAGCGGUGAAAUACUCGCGGGGUGGAAGAAAGCACUCGCUGCCCCAGCAGCUGGAGUCGGCGGGAGCCAGGCAGGACUACCAAAUUGUGAAGAAAUCCACCCGUUCCUUCAGUGCCGCCCAAGUGGAAUCUCCAUGGAGACUGACCCAGCCGUCCAUCAUUUCCAACAUCGUCCUGAUGAAAGGGCAAGGCAAGGGUCUCGGAUUCAGCAUUGUGGGAGGUCAGGAUUCUGCUCGUGGACGGAUGGGGAUUUUUGUGAAGACUAUAUUCCCAAAUGGAGCAGCGGCUGCUGAUGGAAGGCUUAAAGAAGGGGAUGAAAUCCUAGAAGUUAAUGGAGAGUCUCUACAAGGGCUGACCCAUCAGGAGGCCAUUCAGAGGUUUAAGCAACUCAAGAAAGGAGUGGUGACUCUGACGGUGCGCACGCGUCUGCGCAGCCCAAGCCUGACGCCUUGCGCGACUCCCACCCUGCUGAGCCGCUCCAGCUCCCCCAGCUCCAAUGCCAGCGGUGGAACCCCGGUCCCUGGACCCGAUGAGCCGGACAGUUCCUCCUCCAACCGCAAAGGACCUGGCCCCAAAGACAGGAUUGUCAUGGAUGUGACGCUCAAUAAAGGUGACGAGCCAGGGGUUGGGCUCGGGAUUGGUGCCUGUUGUCUCACGCUGGAAAACAGUUCUCCAGGGAUAUAUAUUCACAGCCUGGCCCCAGGAUCAGUGGCUAAAAUGGAUGGCAGAUUAAGUCGGGGUGACCAGAUCCUGGAGGCAGAUUCGGUGAGCCUGCGUCAUGCAGCGUUAAGUGAAGCCUAUGCCAUCCUGAGUGAAUGCGGUCCAGGUCCGGUCAGCCUCAUCAUUAGUCGUCACCCUAACCCAAAG